AUGAAUGCCUUCUAUACUAAGCCAAGCCUACUUGACUUUUCUUCUAAUCAUGAGCCAUCAGAACAAGAGUUUAACAUAAAUAUCUGGGGACCCAUCAUAGAAGCUAUAUUCUCUAAUACCAUUGUACAAGUCAAGAGCGGCGAUACGGUAUUGAAAAGCUUUGAUAGAAAGUUCAAGAUUGAUUAUAGACUUGGACUUAUUAUCAAUCAGGGAUUCAUUGAUAUGGCGAACAUUGAAAUCGGAAGGAAGGAAACCGGUACCAAGGUCAAGGAUGACCACUUGCAACUGCUUCUGGAAGCCAAAACAAUUAUACAGAAAGCAAUCAGUUCAUUGAGCUUUAUUUAUCCACCUUCUUUUACCGUAACCUCGUUCCAUAUCUGUGGCAUCAAAGGCGACUUAGUACAAACAAGUCUUGACUCCUCCAAUUUCACUACAAAAAGAACAAGCAAAAGAGUCCUCAUACCACUGAGCCCCAACCACAGCGAGGAGCUGGCUCUUUUAUUACAACAAUUAAUGAUGUACAAAGAUAAAGUGGAAAAUAUGGCGACCUUCUUGAAAGAGGAAGUAAACAAAGCACUGGACAGAAGAUCGUCUUUUGAUCCUUUUUUGAGUCCAUCUUACAAAAAGAACUUGAAGCUAUCAUAA